CGGUGUGGACAGGGCUGUGGACAGACCGUCGCUGAAGAUGUGCAGAGGAUGCGGCAGGGCGUCGGUGCGUCCCUAGCAGCAAGGGAUCGUGAUGGAGACAUGGCCGAUCGAUGCAGUCCCGCUUGCUGGACGUUGUGAGACCGGGGCGCGAUCCAUCACCCACCGUGUCACGAGGGGAAGAAGAGUCACAUCCGACAGUGGCGGAUGCACGUGGACGAGAGGCCGGACGGCCAGAGGGAGGGGCAGUGUUAGGGGACGGGUGCCUGAAAGUGGCAGUGAAGUGGAUACAGGUGAUGACGCCGCGCAGCCCAAGGGAGGCGAUGUGUCGGGGAGGAGGAGAACCAGGCCAUGGCUGCUGGAGGAGCGCAUUGAUCUGGCGAGGUUCAUGAAGGAGGACAACGCCAUGAUGCAAAUGGCCUCAGGUCGGCUGAAGCACACGAGAAGGAAAAGGGAGGGAAUCCCGACGACGUUUGAGCAGCCGUCGUGGGAGGAGAUGGAGUGGGCACAUCGAAAGCCGCCAGUCGCUUGCGACAAUACCAUGGCAUCAUCAAACUUGCAGGGUGCUGAAAGCGGUGUUUCCUAUAAGGAAACACCCGGUGGGCAUGACUCGUCAGAAGGCGGGAGCCGUAGUGGUGCAAGUGCUGAAGAAUCGGAGGGCUUGCGGAAGAAACGACGUGGGGCAAUGGGCAAGGAGCGUGCUAGUGAUCACCUGCCAGUGUCGUCUAUGGAGAGAGUUGUGCUCGAUUCUAGUAUGGUGGUUCAAGAACGGAUGGACAUGGUGGGAGGCGCUCUUGCCCGGGCAAGCACAGAGGGUGCGAAGCUGGUUGCAACCCAAGUUGGCGCAGUUGCAAGCGCCAUUACGGAGGGAAACGAUGUACUGCAACUGUUGGUUGGCGUCAUGGCCGAACACCGAGGAGCGGGGACCGGAAUGCGGGGUGGAGACCCCAGGGAAAGGGAGGCAGCGGCAGCAGCUAGAGCCGUCGACAUUGCUGAUCAGGUGGCUCUCCUCCGGAUCCCGGAAGCCAAUGCUGACCGGUUCCAGGAGGAACUAGCUGCUGCUGCUGCUGUCGCAGCCUUGGUCCGGCUGCGGAACUUGGAAGAUCUCGAGUCCCGUGUGACAGCACUCGAGCAGCGGAACCAAGAGCUGCAGGCUAAGGGGGGCGUGGAGCUGACCUUCUUUAAACUGCUCAUUAACCGCCAAUACAUCCACGUGCUGAUUGACAGUGGUUCGACCACUAACUUCUUCUCUCCGAACGGGAUUCGUAAUGCGAGCCUGGGUAUGAAGCAAGUGGAACUGCAGAACCCUUGCCGGACUCAGGUGGGCAACCAAGAGGUUGUCACUUCUACUCAUGCUGUCAAAGGUGUGCGCAUCACCUUUGACAAAGAUCGUACUGUCACACAUAGGCUGAAUUUCUAUGUCCUGGACAAGUGUCCUUUCGACGCGGUCAUUGGCUUGAGCUGGCUAAAGGCUCAUUGCCUAAGGACCACGUGGGCAGACAACCAAUUCGUGGUACUUGAUGUCAAGGGGAAUGAGCGUACUGUCUUACUAGACGAGACGCGCGAGUCCCCUGUGACUCUUCUCAGUGCUAACAAAUUCUGCAGGUCAGUGCGGAGGCGCAAGGAAGCUGGGUUUGUACAUAUAGCUCUUGUAAAGCCUUUCCAUGUGCCUUUUACUUUUGCUGCAUUUUCUACCUCUGAAGGUAACUCUACCUCUACUACUACUUUUGUUCCACCUACUUCUGCUGUAAAUGAUCGAUCUAGUGCGGAACCAAAUAUUUCGAAACCGGUUGUAAUUGCUGUAAAUUCCCAAUCUGAUUUUCUCUCCCCUGAUAAGGAUGAUCCUCCACCAGAAAUCCCAGCGAACAUUCGCCAUCUGUUAGAUCGAUUUCCUGAAGUAUUGGCUGAACCUCGCGGAGUUCCCGAGCGUCCAGUCAAGCACAAAAUCGAGAUAAUAGAAGGGAGUGUUCCGCCAAAGGGUUGCGUCUACCGUAUGGGACAAGGCGAGUUGGAGGAGUUGCGGAGACAAAUUGAUGACAUGAUUGAUCGUGGAUGGAUUAGGCCUAGCGAGUCUGAGUUCGGCGCACCUGUUUUGUUCGUGCCGAAGAAAGGAGGCAAACUCCGGAUGUGCAUUGAUUAUCGUGGUUUUAACCGAAUCACAAGGAAGAAUGUCUACCCUUUGCCUCGUAUAGAUGAUCUGUUGGAUGCGGCCGGUGGAUGCAAAGUCUUCUCCAAGAUCGACCUCAAGUCUGGUUACCACCAGAUUGAAGUUGAUCCGAGCGACCAGCACAAAACUGCGUUCAAGACACGCGACGGCCUGUACGAAUUCAUCGUUAUGCCCUUCGGCCUUACGAACGCACCAGCCACAUUUCAGACCCUCAUGGAUAAGGUACUCCACCACCAACUUAACAGGUUUGUGGUUGUGUAUCUUGAUGACAUUCUGAUUUUCGGCAAGUCCAUGGAGGAGCACGUCAAACAUCUCGAGGAGGUCUUGCAAGUCCUCAGAGAUGCUCAACUGCACCUCAACUUGGAGAAAUCUGAGUUUGGCAGGGACAGCGUUAUCUACCUUGGGCACCGGUUGUCUGCAAGCGGUCUUGAGCCGGAAGCAACCAAGGUUGAGGUCAUCCGCAACUGGCCUCAACCGACGAAUUAUUUGACUUGCCUUGUGGACUCGUACGACCUCCGGAGGAAACUGAAGGAGGAUCUGGUCGAGCACACUGCCAAGGAUUCGGACCUUAGUCCCAUCCUUGAGCAGCUCAAGGCUGACCCCAACAGUCAGCCUGAUUUUCAUGAAUGCGAGGGUCUUGUAUUUCGCCGGUACGGAAAGUUUGACUGUUUGUGUGUACCCAACCAUGCGCCUCUCCGAACUCACUUCUUGGAUCUGGCGCCCGGUCGGAGUGGACAUUUUGGCUUUGAGAAGACUUAUGGAAGUCUUUUGCAACAAUUUGACUGGCCAGGAAUGAAAGGAUCUGCUCAGAAAUUUAUUGUUGAAUGUCAAGUAUGCCAAAGGAUCAAGGUUCACAGGCAUAAGCCUUAUGGCCUACUGAGACCUCUCCCCAUUCCCAAUGGACCCGGCGAGUCGAUUUCCAUCGACUUCACGGACAUGGGAAAGGUGAGUGAGGCUGGGAAUUCACAAAUCAUGGUCAUUGUGAACCGCUUCUACAAAUUUCUGAACUUGAUUCCUCUCCCUCCUCACGCCCCGACUGAACUCGUCAUAGAAGAAUUCCAUCAGCAGUACAUUAUGCAGUCUGGCGUCCCGAAAACUAUUGUGAGUGAUCGGGACACCAGAUUCAUCAGCAAAGAUUGGAAAGACUUCACAUCUCAGAUCUACGACAUCAAACUGAACAGGACUUCUGGUCGACACCCCGAAGCCAACGGAUUGGCUGAGGACAUCAACCAGAAUGUCAUCCAAUUGCUUCGCGCACUAAUUGUUCCAGAUCAGAACACGUGGGACAAGGAAUUGCACAAAGUGAAGGGGCUGUACAACAACUCCAUUCACUCUGCGACUGGUGUGAUACCAAACCAAUUGCAGUAUGGAUGGCCGAUGCGUAAUCCCCUCUCCUAUCUGUUCCCCGAACGGUCACCUGGUCUGAUGCCCGGCAUGCCUGGCUACGAUGCCAAGUACGCACGCUUGCUCAAAGCUGCUACAACAGCUAUGAACAAGCGCCAACAUGCCAUGAUCAAACAUGCCAAUAAGCUGUGCAAAGAAGAAAAGUUCAAAAUAGGGGAUUAUGUUUGGGUCAAAAUGUUUGAGUUUUCUGAUGAAGAGGGCAUAUCACGGAAGCUUCUUCCAUUGUACUACGGCCCUUGGCAGAUUCUGAAGGUAGUCGGGGAUGAUUUCGGUCCUUCGUAUGUGAUUGACGUGCCUCCUCAUCUGCGCACGUAUUCAGUCUUUCAUGCCUCCAAACUGUUCCAAUACAUUGAUGAUGAGACUUUUCCCUUCCGUGAUCCUAUGAUACCUCGCCCUAUUAACGACGGCCAUGAGAUUGACAGAAUCGUUUCUCACGAGGGGAUAGGAAGGAGCAGACAGUACAAAGUUCAUUUCCUCUACCACCCGUUGAACGAAUUCUUCUGGAUCGACCGGAAAGAACUGAUAAAGAGUGCUCCACGUGUUGUGAACGCAUAUGAACGACAGAUUGUUGACGGAUAGACCACUAAGUUUGCUACAAAACUCACUCCGUUCGGACUCACUAACACUCUCUUUUUGAUCUAUGCCUAUGACGCCUUCUGUGCCGACUUUGACUGAGUUACUCGCUCGAAGGGACCUCGCUCUCGAGAGGGGAGUAAUGUAAUGACCCGCCCAAAACACAGACUGAGAACACUGCUGAUUUCUGGGAUUUGCCAAUGGAAUGAACGCCUUGCUGUGAU